GUGCUUUGCUUCCGGAGGGGGGGGGGCAGCGCCAGCUACCACCGCGCCCCCCUCGCCCCAACGGGCCGAGCCGCCGUUCGGCAGGAGGAGCCCAGUGCCUGCCUCGUCCCAGGUGGGUGAUACCACCCAGCGCCCCCGCCCCCCCGGACGAGACCAUUCUGAGAGUGGCGAUGCGCGGGCCGGCGCUGUGGAGUGCGCCGGUCUCCAUGGGAACGUUGACAGCAGGCGCCGGCCCUGAGGCGAGCGGAGCGGAGAGAGGAGCCCGGGCCGCGUGGAGAGGGUUGGCAGUUGUAAAUUUGAGGGCCAUGUGCAGGAAUGGCUGGUGACCGUGAGGAGGCUUUGGGUAGUGAUACCUGCCCCAUCCCCAUUCUCCUGUGAGGGCAAGUUACAUAGAGUAGAGGCCCAAGCAAAGGUACACAGAGCCAUAGUCCACCUCCUCUGUCAGAGACAGUGAACACAAGCCCCGCUCUCAGAGCGAAGUCCUGAGGAGACACCCCCCCAAACCCAUGAUGCCAUAGUGAAGACACAUUUGCAUGCCAGGGGUACAAGGCACAUACAGGGCCAGACCUCAUAGAGACUGAAGCACAUUAAACAUGGUCAUUGACCCUUGUUCGACUUCAGUGGCAUUUCCUCAGCUACUUUACUGAGAAGCUGUAGGCUGCCCACGUAACCCUAGCCUGAAAACAACUUUCGUAUCAGGACCUUUGAAGAUGAAUAAUACCAGUUUCCCUUCACUGGGGAACCUACCACAGUGGUCAAGAGUAGGACGACUGGAUAAAUCAAGCAGUCUUCAACUUGGCAUCCAGAAUAACCAGGGACCUCAGCUUCAUUCUCAGUCCCAAUCUGUUGAAGCCUGGAAAAAAGACCCACAUAACCUAGUCAUGGAUUUGGAGAGAAGCCUGAAGUUCCUACAGCAGCAGCAUGCUGAGACCCUAAUGAAGCUUCAUGAGGAAAUUGAGUAUCUCAAAAGAGAAAACAAAGAGCUUCAUUAUAAACUCAUAAUGAAUCAGUCGCUGCAGAUAAAAGGUGAUAAUUUAACUCCCACCUUGUCUGACAAGUUCCUUUCAAGGCAAAGUUCAGCAGCUGCUGCAGGCUCUAGGUAUUCAGUGACAGACAGGCAGCAGAUGGACCAGCCCAAAAAGCAAAAACUGAAUACAGAAGAACAGGUGGUCAGUGUGGUACAAGGGGAACCAGAGCCUCCCUGUCCAAAGGUGAAGCCACAAGAGGAGGUUCUUUCUAGAGAGGACAAAGUCUCUGAUAAAAUUACAUCUCCAGUCCUUUCACUGCCAUGCCAGAUUAAAUCUGAGCAAGCUCAGGUACCACCAGCCUCCUCCAACCCUUUCCUGGUGAGUGUCCUCCCCUCCCAUAUCCGGAAACCACCUACACUGGAAGAGUGUGAGAUUGUCAUUCACCAGCUAUGGAACAUCAACCACAUGCAAGCACAAGAGCUGAUGUAUUUGAAAUCAUAUCUGGAAGACAUCCACAAGAACAAAAGGAUUCCUGAAGACUAUCUGCUAGCCAGCCAGAUUGGGAAUCAAGAAGUUUCACGAUUACCCAAAAUGCUAAAAGGUACAUCUAAGAAAUGUUUGAUUUUAACUCCACUGCCAGCUGCUGAAAGGGCAGUUCUGCCAGCACUGAAGCAAACACUGGGAAACAGUUUUGCUGAGAGACAGAAGAGAACUCAAGCUAUUCAAAGAAGCCGUCUUCGUCGCACUGUGCUUUAGUCUGGUUGUUCAGCAACUGCAUUCCAGAUCUCUUCUCCUUAAAAGUGUUCCAGUAGCUACAGCACUCCCAGGAUAUGUUUGAGUUUACAUUGUAGUUUCAACAUAGAUUGGUUUGCUGCUAUUAUCUCCCCACUUCAAGUAAAAUUUAAUUAUGAAA